UGCCGCCCGUGUCCCUUGUCACCAAGGCCACCCCGCCCCGGCUGGCCGGCGCCAAGCCCGAUGUCCCCAAGGGCGGCGGCGCCGUCACCAAGGCCAGCGCGGGGGCUGCGGCCACCAAGGGCGGCGCGGGGGUGGCAGUGAUGGACAGCAAGGGUGGCACUGUCACCAACGUCACCGGCAUGGACAGCAAGGGUGGCACUGUCACCAACGUCACCGGCGUGGACAGCAAGGCCACCAGUGUCACCGUGGGGGUGGCACUGAUGGACAGCAAGGGUGGCACUGCCACAAAUGUCACCAAUGUGGACAGCAAGGCCACCAGUGUCACCGUGGGGGUGGCACUGAUGGACAGCAAGGGUGGCACUGUCACCAACGUGGAUAGCAAGGCCACCAGUGUCACUGGCAUGGACAGCAAGGCCACCAGUGUCACCAACGUCACCGGCAUGGACAGCAAGGGUGGCACUGUCACCAACGUGGACAGCAAGGCCACCAGUGUCACAAAUGUCACCGGAAUGGACACCAAGGCUACCAGUGUCACCGUGGGGGUGGCAGUGAUGGACAGCAAGGGUGGCACUGUCACAAAUGUCACCAAUGUGGACAGCAAGGCCACCAGUGUCACCGGCGUGGACAGCAAGGUCACCGGUGUCACCAACGCCGAGAGCAAGGCCAGCGUUGUCACCGGUGUCACCAGUAUGGAUGGCAAGGCCACCAGCGUCACCUGUGUGGACAGCAAGGUCACAGAUGUCACCAACGUGGACAGCAAGGCCACCAGUGUCACUGGUGUGGACAAGAAGGUCAUCGGUGUCACCAACACGGACAGCAAGGCCACCAGUAUGGCCACCAAUGUCACCAGUAUGGCCACCAGUGUCACCAGUGUGGAUAUCAAGGCCGCCGAUGUCACCAGGGCCACCCCGGGCGCUGUCCCCAGGGCCACCCCCGCUGUCCCCGCCGGGGUCAGCCCCCUGGGCGCCGCCAUCCUGCGCGCCAGCGCCGACGCCAGCGCCAUGGCCACGCUGGCCGCUGUCCCCAGGGCCACCAGUGUGACCAGUGUGACCAGUAACGCCGUCACCAAGGCCGCCAGUGCCAGCGCUGUGGCCGGUGCUGGCGGUGUCACCGUCACGCCCGGGGUCACCAGGGCCACCAGUGCCACCAGUGCCACCAGUGCUGCGGCUCAGAGCGCUCCCAGUGCCACCAGUGUCACCAGUGCCACCAGUGCCACCGGUCCCAGCGCUCCCAGUGCCACCAGUGUCACCAGUGCCACCGGUCCCAGCACUCCCAGUGCCACCAGUCCGGCCAGAGCCACCGGUGUGGGCAGUACUGGGAUUGUCCCCAGUGCCACCAGUGCCACCAGCGCUCCGAGGGCCACCAGUAUGACCAGUGUGACCAGUCCGGCUCCGACCAGUAUGACCAGUUUGACCGGCGCUGCUACUCCCAGUAUGACCAGUUUGACCGGUGCUGCGGCUCCCAGUGUCACCGGUGUCACCAGUACCGGCGUUCCCAGUGCUCCCAGUACGAUGGUGGCUGCGGCUCCCAGUGCUCCCAGUAUGACCAGUGCUGCACCUCCGAGCGUUCCCAGUGCUCCCAGUAUGACCAGUACCAGCCCAGCUGCAGCUCCCAGUGCUGCACCUCAGAGCAUUCCCAGUGCUCCCAGUAUGACCGGUACCACCAUGGCUGCGGCUCCCAGUGCUCCCAGUUCCACCAUGGCUGCACCUCCCAGUGCUCCCAGUACAAUUGUGGCGGCUCCCAGUGCUCCCAGUACGACCAGUGCUGCAGCUCCCAGUGCUCCCAGUACCAUGGCAGCGGCUCCCAGUAUCACCAGUACCACCAGUGCUGCAGCUCCCGACGCUCCCAGUAUGACCAGUACCACCAUGGCUGCAGCUCCCAGUGCUCCCAGUACCAUUGUGGUGGCUCCCAGUGCUCCCAGUAUGACCAGUACCGGCCCAGCCAUGGCUCCCAGUGCUCCCAGUACGACCAGUGCUGCGGCUCCCAGUGCUCCCAGUGCUCCCAGUACCGGCCCAGCUGCGGCUCCCAGUGCUCCCAGUACCGUUGUGGCUGCUCCCAGUGCUCCCAGUUCCACCAGUCCCGGCCCAGCCGCGGCUCCCAGUGCUCCCAGUACGACCAGCACCGACGCCGUCCCCAUGGACACCAGCGCUCCCAGUGCUCCCAGUAUGACCAGCAUGCCGCCGGCCGCCGCUGACGUCACCGCUGACGUCACCGCUGAGGUCACGGCCGCCCCCAAGAGCUCGUCGUCGUCGUCCUCGUCCUCCUCCUCUUCCCCCUCCUCCUCCUCCUCCUCGUCCGACUCCGACUCCGACUCCUCCGACUCCGACUCCGACUCCGGGCCGCCCUCGCCGGCCCCGCCCACCGGGUCCCCGGGCUCCGCCCCCGCUGUUGCUGCCGUCACCGCCGCCGCCUCGGCCACCGUCACCGUCCCCGCGGCCGCGCCCGGCUCGGAGCCGCCGCCCGCGGUGCCCCCCGAGGGCCCCGCCCCGGGCGGGGCGUGGCCGGGCGGGGCGGCGGCCCCUUCCCCCUAUUGGCCGCCCGCAGCCCGGGCUCCGCCUCCUUCCAGCGGGCGGCCACGCCCUUCCUGGCCACGCCCACGCGCGGGGGGUGGAGCCCGCGCUCCCCCUCCUCCCCCUUCCUGCGGGGGGGCGUGUCCGGGGGGGCGUGGCCUCGGCUGGGCGGGGGCGGCUCCUGCCUGCACCGUUUCCACGGCAACCUGGGGGCGGGGCUGGGCUGCUCCGCCCGCCUGGGGGGCGGGGCCUGCAUGCACCGCUUCCACGGCAACGUGGGCGUGGCCUCGGUGGCGGCGGCCAAUCGCGUCAGCCCCUGCGGCCACCGCGGCUGCUGCUACCACGGCAGGGGCGGGGCUUCGCUGGGAGGGGGCGGGGCCGCGCCGCGGAGCCCCUCCCCUUUCGCCAUGACGCCCAGCAUGGCCGCCCGCAUGGCCCAGUACUCCCAGUACUCCCAGUGCGCCUCCCAGUACAGCCCCGCCUCCUCCCAGUACAGCCCCGCCUCCUCGCAGUACAGCCCCGCCUCCUCCCAGUAUAGCCCCGCCUCCUCCCAGUACGGCUC